CGAAGCCGACGUCCCCAUCGACGUGGAGACGGUGACGCCCACGCCCGUCCCGCUCUACGACAACCAGAAGGCGCGCAGCGUGAUGAACGAGUGCGAGCGCCACGUCAUGUUCGCUCGCACCGAUGCUGACGCCCCCCCGCCCCCCGAUGACUGGGAGGAACAUGUCAACAGGACGGGUUGGACCAUGGCCCAGAACAAACUGUUUAACAAGAUUCACAAAGCGCUGCAGUCUGACCGCCUGGCUCGCUUGGCCAACGAAGGGGCUUGCAACGAGCCAGUCCUGAGGAGGAUAGCGGUGGACAAAUGUGCUCGGAGGGUCCGCCAAGCUCUGGCUAGCGUGAACUGGGACACCAAACUGAUCCAGUGGCUUCACACGACCUUAGUGGAAACGCUGAGUCUGCCAGUGCUGGCUGCUUACUUGGAUGCUCUGCAAACGCUCAAAGGAAAGAUCCCCACCCUGAUCGACAGGAUGCUGCUCUCCUCUACUGCAAAGACGGGGGCAGCGGGUGCUGAGGCUCUGUCUCUGCUGCUGAAGAGACCUUGGGACCCAGCAGUGGGUGUCUUGUCCCAUAAUAAACCA